AGCAUCCGGAAUCCGACCAAGCUAUACGCUUGACACGCCCAAGCCCAAAACCUCUGUCCAGUCUCCACUCGAGUCGAGCGUGUCGUGCUCUCGCCGUCUCCCACCGCACUCGCCCGCGCGCGGGAAGGUUGGCCCCGUCGGGGGCCGGCGAGCCUUGCAGGUAAGGAAACCGAGCCUCCGCUCUCGUCGAUUUUCUCCCGGGUGAAAAUGAAUGGAAAUACUAGAGGGGGUGGGCACUCUGAAGCGUUAAGAAACUAUAACUUAGGAAAAACAUUAGGUAUUGGUACAUUUGGAAAAGUGAAGAUUGCAGAGCAUAAGCUUACAGGACACAGGGUUGCUAUAAAGAUCAUUAACUGUCGCCAAAUGAGAAAUAUGGAAAUGGAAGAGAAAGCAAAGAGAGAAAUCAAGAUAUUGAAGCUGUUCAUUCACCCCCAUACCAUUCGUCUUUAUGAAGUCAUUUACACACCUACAGAUAUAUAUGUUGUGAUGGAGUAUUGCAAGUAUGGCGAGCUGUUUGAUUACAUUGUUGAGAAAGGCAGAUUACAGGAAGAUGAAGCUCGCCGAAUCUUCCAACAGACCAUAUCUGGUGUUGAAUACUGCCACAGAAACAUGGUUGUUCAUCGUGACCUAAAACCAGAAAAUUUGUUGCUUGAUUCAAAGUAUAAUGUAAAACUUGCGGACUUUGGCUUGAGCAAUGUCAUGCAUGAUGGUCAUUUUUUGAAGACUAGCUGUGGGAGCCCAAACUAUGCUGCUCCAGAGGUAAUUUCUGGUAAAUUAUAUGCUGGACCUGAGGUUGAUGUAUGGAGUUGUGGAGUAAUCCUUUAUGCUCUUCUUUGUGGCACUCUUCCAUUUGAUGAUGAGAAUAUUCCCAACCUGUUUAAAAAGAUAAAGGGAGGUAUCUAUACUCUUCCAAGUCAUUUAUCUGCUUUGGCCAGAGAUUUGAUCCCUAGAAUGCUUGUUGUCGACCCUAUGAAGAGAAUCACAAUUCGAGAAAUUCGAGAGCAUCAAUGGUUCCAGAUCCGCCUUCCUCGUUACUUGGCAGUGCCUCCACCAGACACAACACAGCAAGCCAAAAUGAUUGAUGAAGAUACUCUUAAAAAUGUUGUUAACUUGGGAUUUAACAAGGACCAUGUGUGUGAAUCACUGUGCAAUCGACUGCAAAAUGAGGCAACUGUUACAUAUUAUUUACUCUUGGACAAUCGGUUUCGAGCUACUAGUGGCUAUCUUGGGGCAGACUAUCAGGAAACGACGGAUAGGAAUUUAAACCAGCUGGCUUCUGAAGCCGCUAGUUCUGGUACAAGGCAUUAUCUCCCAGGAAGCAGUGAUCCUCAUGGCAGUGGAUCACGGUCACAUUAUCCUGUCGAAAGAAAGUGGUCUCUUGGACUUCAGUCAAGGGCGCACCCUCGGGAGAUAAUGAUUGAGGUUCUAAAAGCACUUCGAGAACUAAAUGUCUCCUGGAAGAAGAAUGGACACUACAACAUGAAAUGCAGAUGGUCCCUGGGGUUUCCUGAGGUUCAUGAUAUGUUAGAUGCCAACGGCAGCUUUCUUGGUGAGACUACCAUCAUGGAUAAUGAUGAUCUAAACGGGAGGCUACCUGCUGUAAUCAAGUUUGAAAUCCAGCUUUACAAGACCAGGGACGACAAGUACCUUCUGGACAUGCAGAGGGUUACUGGACCUCAGCUCCAUUUCCUGGACUUCUGUGCGGCCUUCCUUACCAAGCUCAGGGUUUUUUAGUGCCGUGUCUUGCUUCAGAGCGGUGAAUAACCAAACCGAGGGUUCUACGGCGUGCGGUUUCACAGCACUGAUGAAUAAACUGUGUAAAUAGGCAACUUUCAUCUUCUUUUUCUUGUUUCCUGUCUUGGACAACGAACCGUGUUGCUUGAGCGACUAUUCCUGGGUUAAGCACCUAAAGGUUGGUUGUUAUAGAAUAAUAGAUAGAUAGUAAACAUGUUUAGUUAACUGUCUGGGUGGGCAAUGCUAUUUCUGCAGGCCGUGGCACCGCUGGUGGCGAUGCUGCGGGUAAAGCUUUUAUGAAAAAUGCAAGAUCCGGCUUCUGUUCACCUUACUAUACAUAGUUGUCCUGCGUUGUACUUGAAAAACUUGCAAUUGCUAAGAUUUUCUUGAGAACCAUGACAUAUCUACAAAAGUUCACGCCA